CAGAGAGCUUGUAACCACUGCACUGACCAGCCUCCCCCUAAUACAUCUGGGGGAAACUUUCACCUUCAUGUCCCCAUACUUUGUGUCACAAUAGGAGAACGCAAUGGACCUCCACAAAAUCAUCCACAGUGCGCUGCACGAAUUUAUCCGGGCUUAUAUUCCUGAUGCAGAUCUCAGCACGCUGGACGAUGUUCUUCUGUCUUACAUCACUGGAGUCCUGGAGGAUCUUGGCUCCCAGCAGAGUGUUGAGGAAAAUUUCGAUGUAGAGGUCUUUGCAGAGAUGCUUGAAGCAUACAUACCUGGCUUUGCUGAAAUUGACAGUGUUAAAGUCUGUGAUAUGAUGUUCAGCCUGGCUUCAAAACUGGCCACAGCUCGGACCUCAGCUGACGAAGAAAACAGCGUGCCAAAGGAAAGGACAGAUGAGAUUUCACUAAAACUCACCAACCUGCCCAGUGCACCUCCACCAGAGAGAGAAACGCAGUGCCUUACAACACAGACAGAGGGCGCCACUGCCAAGGUGCCAGUGUCUGAGUGGGAGGCCCAGGAGCAGCACCUGCUGGAGAUGUUUCCCAAGUGUAGUCUGUCAGAGGCCCGCAGUGCCCUGUCCAUUGCCAAAGGAGACAUGGAGGAAGCUGUGCGCCUUAUUAUAGAGGGUGACGUCCAACUCAGCCCCACUCCUCUUAAUGUAAACCAUGGGAAGAGUAUUUCCUUACAACCAGACCAGAAACUUAAAGAGAGCAUCCUUGAGAAGUACAUGCUGGUUGACCGGGAAGAGGAUAAAAAAACACACCGGCCUGUCGCCCCCAAAGAUGCUCCAAAGAAGCUAGUUCGGUACCACAGUAAUCAGGUGGUAACCACAAAAGGAGAGCGAUAUCAGCUUGUGAAGACAAACGAGACAGAGGAGAUGAAGAAGACGUAUGUCAACCUCAAGCCUGCACGAAAGUACCGAUUCCAUUGAUGACAAGCACAAUUCUGUAAGAGCAGCUACUGACAAUAUUGUUUACGUUAUUUUUAAUGUAUUAAGUUGGUUUAGCCUUUAUUUGUUAGAUAUUUAUACCAACUACAGGUAACAACACAGAUAUAUGUUAGUGUGUCAGUGGCUUAUUUUUAAAAAUGUUACCGUUAUCUGCCUUGGUUAAAACAUUUAGUGUUUCAGUUAUUUCUCUUUCUUGUGGAACUUUUGAAAUUUUGUGUGAUAUUUUGGUGGGAAUGUUGUAACUUGUGUUUGUGUAUCAACAUCUACUUUUUGCCAUCUCAGCAGGUCUGAUGUUGCACUGACAGUCUUUUUUUUUGUGUUUAUUUUACCCCCCUUUUUUUGUUGGAUUCAUAUUUAUGACAUGAUGUUGUAGGGAUGAGUGUAUUUUCAUUGUUGUAAAUAGGUUCUAGUGGUGCUUUAGACUUUCCUCUGGAUUACAUUACAAGUCUCAACUGCUUUUUGUACAUGUGCAUGUUAAAUCAUCGAUGCCAAUUUCAUCUAGAAAGGUUUAUUUUUACAUCUCACAGGAGUGCAGUGCUGUGGACAUGUUUGCUCAAGCCUUGUGUUUUUGGACAGUUUUUAAACAAAACAGGUUUGUUUGACAGAGACAGAUAAUUUAAGAACAUUUGUACAGUCCUCAUCUAAGAGUUUCAUAUGUGGCCUCUCCUAGUUAUUGUUUACUUAUGAAGAUGAGACUAGUAUGUACCGUACUGAAUGUUAGGCAGGUUUACUCACUUACUGUAGCUGGAUAACUUUAUUUAACAGAUUUUUUUUUUCUUUUUAUCAGUCCAUUUUCCAGA